ACCCAUGUUUAUCGCACUGUCCCUAAAAAAAUCCAUAGCAAGCUGAAUUGUAAAUUUCUGGACCGGUCUAUUGUUUUUUAAAUCAAAUAAAAUAGCAAUAUUAAUCAACAAUGAGCUUACCGCCAGCGCUCUUAAAACGAUUGAAGAAUCGAGGACUUGUACAAAAACAAAAUGCCACUGGAUCAGUUCCCGAAGCUAUAGAAGAAAUCAUUGCUGAAAACUAUGAUGACGAUGAUAAGGUUCGACCCCAUGCAUAUAAGGAAAAUAGCCAUUCGUCCACAAAACGUCAUGCCACCGAUGAGAAUAUGUGGACAGAUAGGAUUAAGGAGCGUAUAGGGGUUACAGAGUCAUUUCAUGGAUACAAACUGUGUCCCAACAAAUAUAAUGUAUGGCAUAAGUGCAAUCUCUAUUGCGUGAAUAAGUGGACCAAUAUGCGAUCCAAGCCAACUGAAAAGUACCUUCAACGUUACAAGCGAUUGCUUCGUAAAUAUCCUUUGGAAGCUGGCUGGAAAGAUGUCUAUGAUAGUGGUUGUGGCUCUUAUUAUUUCUAUAAUACUAUAACACAAAGAGUUUCAUGGCUACCACCGUCCCAUCCUAAAGCACGGGUUUCGCAAAGUGCUGCAGUAUUUCGUAAACAAUUGGCUAACACGAAUGAUGAAUACAAUUUUGAUACAUCAGAGUUAGCUUUGUGUAAAACAAGAAAUAACUCUGCUUUUGACACAUCAGAAUCUGACAAUAGCACGGGACCGUCUGUUCCAGUGCCCAUCAAGAAACAGAAGGUACGCGAUCUUGACCGAAUGCUUAUGAGAAGACGCCAAUAUGAAUCAUAAGAAUGAUAGACGUAUUAAAAAUGUUUAUAAAAAUAAAACAAAAAAACAUAAUACAAA